AUGGGUAGAGGGAGCAACGGAUUGGCUAUUGGCGCUUGUGCCGUGAUCGUAUGCCUCCUCAUUAUCACUGGAGUGGUAGUCGGUAUAGUUCUCGGUUUGAAAGCACAAAAGGGUCACGCUAAACCAGAUGUGAAUCCUACCACGACUUUAAUUCCGCACACUAUGGUUACAGGAGGACGAAACAUUGGAACUUUGAAAAGCACCGAACUGUACGACCCAAGUAGAAACACUUGGGAAAAAGCACGUGAUAUGAUAGACACACGGGCUUGGCAUGUGGCAUCUCUGCUGGAGAACGGAAAAUUACUGGUCACGGGUGGCUCUAGCUACGGUUUGGUCCUAGCCACAGCCGAGUUAUACGAUCCGUCCAUAAACGUGUGGAAAAGCAUCAGGAACAUGACUCGCGCAAGACAAUAUCAUACUGUAUCGGUAUUAGAGACCGGUUUAGUGCUGGUAACUGGAGGAUGGGAUGGAAAUGCCCUCAACACUGCGGAAUUAUACAAUCCGUUAACAGGAUCCUGGCUCAUGAUUAAAGCGAUGCGCUACCAUCGAUAUCAUCACACUGCCAUCACUUUGAGUAAUGGUAAAGUUUUGGUGAUUGGCGGGAAAGACAAUGCUGCUCUUAACUCAUGUGAGCUGUAUGAUCCUUUAACAGGAUCUUGGACUAUUGGACCGUCUCUCGCUGGUCCAAGAUAUAAGCAUACAGCGUCAGUUUUAAGAGAUGGCAAAGUGCUCGUCGCAGGUGGAAUGAGCAAUAGCAUCGUUCUUAGUUCGGUGGAAUUGUACGAUCCAAUGAAAGGAACAUGGGCAAUGUCUGCACCCAUGAGCAUUGGACGGUAUGAACACACUGCUUCGGUAGUGAAAACUGGGAUGGUGCUAGUUACUGGAGGAUUAGACAGCUACGAACAUCUAAUCAAUGCCGAGUUGUACGAUCCCAUAGGCAAUGUCUGGGUGCCGACCGGUAACAUGAGUCAUCUCCGCUAUGGUCACGCAGCUUCUGUGAUUGGAGACGGACAAGUAUUAAUUACGGGAGGACACGAUCUUGCAGUGUUGCGAAGUGCUGAACUAUAUAACCCACUGUGA